AUGGCCGUGGAGUUUAUCACUCCUUUCUCUGUGUUUCUUUUCUUUCUCUCUUCUUGUCAAGCCGAGGCGGAGAACUACAGUGAGGCUCAAUGCAAGGUCUUAACGGUUGGAGAAGGGACUGCGUCCAAAUUCCGCGUUAAGGCUUCCGAGAAGGGUGUCAGAUUAGUCUACUUGAAUUUGACGUUCAGUACCGACAGCUACCUUCCCUUAAAAAACGAGUUUCUCCCAAAUAGAUGGGUUUGGGCGAGUUUGAUCAGCGAGCCAAUGUUGUCUAUGUCUUACGACUAUGACAUUUUGUCUUUGGGCCUCCUUAAAUACCAAACAAUGGAUGUGCAGUUGGAAGAUCAACCAAGCGGAUGCCUUGCGAACUUCAACUCAUCAUGUCAAAACAAGGUAGUUGGAAGAGCGCUUCUGAAUAUGACACAAUUAAACUCAGGUGAACCUCGAGAUAGGAAUGUUGUUUGUGUUGCAAUUAUUGAAAAUUAUUUUAAAGACUUUUUAUGGAGCUUUUUUGAUGGAAAUGUCAAAUUCCGGUGCUGUGAGAUGAGAAAACAAGAAACCGAGGAGUCUGCUUACAUUCAAUGUGAGCUGGAGGUUCAAGUUAGCGGUUGGUUCAAAGCUUUUAAUGGUACCCUCAACCUUUUGACUGUGCUAAUGAUGCUUUAUUGUCCAGCGUUUCUCCUUUUUCUUCCGGAUUCCAUUUUCAAUCUUCAAGAGGAGUGUAAAAGAGAAGAGCGACGCGAAAAGGAGCAACAAUCAGAAGACAGCCAUCAUCGACAGAGCAAUCAACAAAGAAGCAGGUACGGAUCAACCGAUGAAGCUUCAGCAAAUAUCAAUGCAGAAAAUAACGACUCAGAUCCUUCUGUAACUUUAGCUAUUCUGACUCAGAGUCAGCAAGCUAAUUCCCAAAUAGGCGAAGAUACAUCAAACAAACAUGUGCAAAGUCUACUUUAUUUAGACGAACCAAAUCCAAUUACCUUCUCUUAUUUUCUCAGAACCUAUACUAAAGAACGUACAGAAUUAUUUUCAUUUCAUUCCAAAUUUGCAUUUCUCUGGUACUGUGUUAUUCCAAUUUUUGUGUACCUAAGAUUAGGAUUAAACUACAUUGUAGAAAGUAAAUUUAUGGAGGAGGUGCAUAAAAACCAACGGCAUCUCUGGUAGGACGGUUCUUUUCAUAUCUUUUCGAUGUUCAACGUUUAGUCAGAACGCUUAUGGCUCUCGCUCCUUUGAUUUUGAUUUUAUUUUCAAGUCCUAAGGAUUUCCUAAUUACUGUCACAGAGGACAUUAGACAAGUUAUAUGCCCUGUUUGCAGAGAAUAUACGGUUUCAGCAGGAGAGGAUAUGCUCCGACACUUAAGAAAAUUAGCAGUAAACAGUUGCAAGUUAGCUUCGUGUUUAAUUAACUUUCACCAAAAAGCACUAGCAAAAUCUAUAAAGUUCUUUACACAUUGCGCUAUUGAGAAAAUGGGUCCGCCAUGGAAACGAGCUAAAACUCCUUUCAUUGCUUUGUGGGUGUUAUUCUGGGAUGUUGUCUUAGUCAUAGUUGUUGGUGUCAUUUUAGGAGGAGUAUGCUUUUGUGUAUUGUUAAUAGGUUUAGUCUUUCUCAUUUGUUGCUAUUCACCGUGGGGUAGUCUCAUGCUUGUCUGUUUAAGGAAACUUAAGCAAAUGUUAAAAAAAUGGAACCUUGAAGUAUUCAACCAAUACCGUCAUUGUCUCAUACUGAUGUUCAUCGGUGUUCAAAUUUCUCUAGUUGGUUUUCAGCUACUCCUAAUGGUAAUAUUAACAGACUGCUGUUUGGUAGGGGGCAUUUCUUGUCGAUGUAUCACUCGCAUGUUUGGCUUAGUUACUUUAGGUCUAGUGUUAAAUGCGUCAAUCGCGGGCCCAUUCUUAGCACUCUCUAUCGCUGCUUUAACAAACAUUUAUCUAUGCUACUAUAAUCUGCAAAUGUACUACCGAGAUGUGAAAGAAAUGAUUUCGGAGAAGUGGCAGACUCUUGAUGGAAAACGCGAGCACGGUGCAAUUCCAGAAGAUCUAUUUUGGCGCAUUUGCAGUGAAGCGUCAAAUCCAAAUAAGGCAGUUCCACCAGUUAGGGGUGAAGUAAACCGCAUGCUUAGCAAUAUGGCUAUCAUUUUGAUAUUUCUAUUUUUGGUUUUCUGCUCUGUAUUUCUGGUGACUGAUGCGAGCAGUAUGUCAGCAGUGCCAUCAACGAUUGCUGUGUUUUUAAGCGGAGCUAUUCCUAGCUUACUUUUCAAGGGAAUGACACACGGAAAGCGAUUUACGGGUGAGACAAGGGUGAGAAUGAUUAGAGAAAUCGAGGAGGCGGUUAUAAAGUACAAGGAAAAUACCGCGGUAGAGUUG